GGCCUGGAGUAGCUGCGGACGCAGGUGCCAGCUGUCAAACUGUUAAUCGAACGGUGUGUGCAAGUAGUGAAGACAAUCCUAGUUAAUUUUGAUAAAUUAGCAUAACUGAAUGUUGUCAUUUGAAACAUUAUGGCGUUGAAUUGGUUGUAUUUUGUGCUCUUAACUAUUGUAUUACACAAAGUCUGUUUAUCUGUAGCAGACAAACCCAAGACUGUUACAGGAAGUGAUAAGGGCGGCCGCCACCUAAUAUUGGUGAUAUCAUUGGAUGGCUUCAGUCGCCGCUACAUCGAGAAUUUCACGCUGGAAAAUCUCUCUAGGAUAUACGCCAGAGGAAGUUCCACUGAGAGUUUCAGAAACCAGUUUGUGACUAAAACAUAUCCAAACCACUUCACUGUAGCAACUGGAGUGUAUGAAGAGGUUCAUGGUGUUGUAGGAAAUACUGUUUUUGAACCUGUCUUAAACCAGAAGCUUGGAAUAGAAGAUAAAGGGUUUUUUACUCAAAACCCAAACAUAUAUCCCAUAUGGACACUGAAUGAAGCAAAUGGAGGACACAGUGGAUGUAUUAUGUGGCCAGGUUGCACAGCUACAUACCAUGGGCGAAAUGUAACAUUUUAUGAACCAUAUAAGACAAAAGCUGUUUUGAAAGAUAGCCUUAGCCGUGCUUUUCAGUGGUUUAAUGAUGCCAACACUCCGGCCAACCUCAUUUUUCUUUAUCAUGAACAACCUGAUGCGGCAGGGCAUGCUUAUGGUGCAGAGUCGCCACAUAUUUUAGAUGAACUUUUGAAGAUUGAUGAAGCCAUGGGAUUUUUGUUUCAGUUAAUAACUCUCAAUAAUCUGCAAGAACGUCUUGACAUAAUAGUUUUAAGUGAUCAUGGCAUGAGUAGUAUACCAGAAACAAAUAUUAUAGACUUAACAACUAUUGUUGAUUCAUCCAUGUACAAAUUCACUGGGAGCUCACCUGUGUUGAAUGUGUGGCCAGAUUAUGAUCACCAGAUAGAUGUAUAUUCAAGACUUCUUGAGGGACAAAAGACACACAAUUACACGGUCUUUUCAAAAGAAAGUAUACCAGAAGAGUGGCAUUACAAGAAGAACCCUCGUGUUAGCCCCAUCCUCUUGGUUGCUGAUGAGGGAUAUGUUUUUCAAGAUUUCCUUGACAUUAUUAACUUUUAUAAGAAGGAAAAAAUACCUGAUUUGACAGAUGUACAUGGUGAUCAUGGUUAUCCAGUGUACGUCCAAAGCAUGGAACCUAUUUUUGUUGCGUUGGGCCCUUCAUUUAAACAUAGAUUCCAAGCACCACCUUUCAGUAAUGUGGAUGUGUACCCUUUAUUAUGUCACCUGCUGUCUCUCACUCCAGGACCUACAAAUGGGACUCUGGAAAAUAUUUCCACCAUGUUAGCAUUGCCAAUCACAUCACUAAUUCAGCCUCUUCUUAUUGCAUUAGGAUGUUUAGUUGGAUUGAUUGGAGUCAUAGGAGUGAUUGCAUGUAUACUUUCAAAACGAGAUUCUGGACGACGUGUAUCGGCAGAUGCACUUAUUAAUGGUUAUGUUCAUAGGAAAGUUAUGCGGGGUGGAUCAUCCAGACCUGGAGAAGGAGACAUCAGUGAAGAAGAGGGUUUACUUGAAUCAGAGGUAGCCACAAUAGAUCUUUGAAAAUAUUAUGAGGGUAAAAGACUGUUCCCUUAAGACUUGAUGGAAACUAUUUUUUUAUUUUUCUUAUUGCUUCCAAAUGACUCCCUAGAAUGAUCAUCUAUUGAAAUCACAAGCUGUAAGGCUUUCAUGUGUUCAUUCAUCUAUUUCAGAAAAUGCAUGAGGUUUUUAAGAAUAUUUGCAGUCUGUUUUAAUUUUAUUUUUUAUUUUUUUCAUAGAUUUUUGAUAUCUUUUUCCUUAUCAUUCAUAUGUGCAUGAACACCAUUCUUUCCAAAACUAACAUAGUACUAUUUACUGUUGUUAAUAGUAUGAUUCCCUUAAUAUUUUCUGAAGUGAACAUGGUCUUAGUUUACUCUAGUAGCAACUUAAGAGUAACUGAGUUUCCUGUAACUGCUUUAUUUCUAUUUCCUCAGUCUUUAAUUCAGUUAAUGAAUGAGGACAGUAACAAAGAAAUUUCAUGUUUGUUUUUAACUUCUUUUAUGUUUAACCAGUAUCCUUGGAUGCAAGGUGUUAAUACUGUUUGCUGAAAACUCAGUAAUCUCAGUUAUAUUUUCAAUAGUUUUUCAUUGUUGCAUUCACUGUGUGCAUUAUACAAAAGUGAUGUACGUACAUAUGCUUUACUCGUCAGUUUUAUGAUUUAUUUCUUGAAUGUUGUGACAACUGCAGUACUGUACAUAACAUACAGCUGCAAAGGUACAUGGCAUUGAUCUUUUUAAUCAUAAAAUCUGUGGAAGUUACUUAAUUUUUCUAUUUCUCAACAGAGAAAGAAUUGGUAUUCUUUAAUUGGUUAUUUAAAGAAUUACUUAUAGGACAUAAAUGUAUGUAUGUUUUAUAUAUAUGUACUUGAAAUCUCACUUGCAGUACUGUCUUAUUAGCAGUCCAGUUUUGCAAUCCAUUACAGUAACCCUUAUGAUACUGUUAUAUUUAAAAGUGCAAUAGAUUUUAAUUUCUAUUACGUGUAUUGAUAAAUUAUUCAUUUUAAGUUUUAACAUUUUUAUGGCAAAAAUUAGUAGGUAGUAGCAGUGGAGAAAACUUUUAAGUUUGAUAGCAAAUUUUGGUUGUUGCAACAAUGAAGUUGUUCUUUUCUAGUCUACUGUACAUAGAGUAUUUUAAAUGUUUUGUAAUCUCAGAGUGUAUAAAGUAUUAAGUUGUUUUAGUUUGAUGAAUUCAUUGCAGUAUUUAGAUUGUUUUUUUUUUUACUUUUAUUCAUGAAUGAUUCAUGUUUUUUAUCCUUGAAUGAUUAAUGUUAGUACUUGAAGUGAAUUUCAUUACUGUAAUGAAGUUAGCGAGCUUAUUAGCUGUGGCAGACAAUCAGUGCAUUACCCAUACCUCAGUAAUUAGGGGAACUGAUGGUAAUAUGAUGCUUUACUAUUUUGAUUCAUGGAGCAAUGUGUUUUUUCUAAAUAGGCAGUCCCUGGUUAACGGCAGGGGCUCCAUUCUUGCCUGAGCACCAAUAACCGAAAAUCAUUGUUAAUCGAGACAUCACAAUAAUUUUGGUAAUCAACAGCAUUUACAGUGUUGUAAGUGCUGAUAAACUGCUUACUGGUGCCGAAAAACUAGUUAAUGAUGUUGUUAGCCAAGCGUCAUAAAACUGAAAUGCACUGUUAACCUAUGCUGCCGGUAAGCAGGGACUGCCUAUAUACGUAUUAUGAUUUUUACAAUAAAAGAAAAGUUUUCAUGCAAACCUGUUUAGAAAGAUUUCUUCUGUACAGAAGACACUCAGGCAAAACCAACUUGAGUUUUGAGGGAAGAACCCCAACUGUACAUGUGCCAGCUGACAUGGCUAACCACUAGGCGACUCGUUUUUUAGUGCCAGCCUUCAUCUGAAGAGUGAGGGGAAGGGAGGAGGGUACUAUAAAUUGGGAUGGAGGGUUUGUAGUUCACUUUUAAAACAAGCUUUUUGAAAACCUGUUACUGGUCAUAAUUAGCCCAAUUCUCUGUGAAAUAGACCCAGCUGCACUAGCUUGCAGAACUAGACAAAGAAAAGCUUACACCACGCAUAUCCAACCCCCAAUCUAAUGUCUAUAUCAAUAACCAUUUUUCAAUAUGACACUCAAGAUUAUGAUUAGUGGGUUUGUAUAAAAACUGGUUACUAUAUUGUAAAAAAAAAUAUAAAGAAACCCUUAUAUCAGUGAGCCAGAAUCAUACUUUAGGAGGGAGGACAAAACGGAAGUCUGUAGAACACAGAAGAGUUAGAUGCAAGAAAUCCAAGUCCCACAGACAAUGACCAAUGGAUCCAAAAAUGAUCUAAAAAAUCUAUGUAGCUUUCAUAAGUAAUGGAUGCAAUAAAAGAUACAACCCAGAAUAGUACACACAUCAAGCACCAGAGUCAUAAAGGCAGAUAUUUCAAAAGAAAACACAGCUGUGUGUGUACUUAGGAAAUGAGAAAUCAAAUUCUGAAAAAGAAGAGGAUAAUGAUAGAAAUCUUUACAAAGAACAUCUGUAGGUACAAUGCCAAAAGCACAGAUAAAAGUAUCCAAAGGAAACUUGCCAAGGCAAGGACAUCCAAAACUUGAGGGUAUUGAUCCUGAGCUGUGUAGGGUCUCCUUGAGAAUCAUCUAAUCAUACACAACCAGGAAUUUUUUGAAGCUGAAACCGAGGAGAGGCAUUGAGAACAUCUGAUUCACACAAAUAUAGGAAAAAGGGAAAGACAAGAGUGACAGCACCAGAAAGAUACAAACUGCUGAAGGUACACCAAUAGUUAGGACAAGGGACUGUCAGGAAAGGUAUGGAGCCCACUGAAGUACAAAGAAUGGGUGAGGACAACAGCAAUGCAGCCUUGAUGUGCUGAAAACAGGCCCAAAAAUGUGACAGGUUAUGACGGCAAGGAAGGCUGUUAAGAAAUAAAGGUGAAAAGCCUAACCCAAAGGUUCUGUUGUUAAAAAAAGAAAAAAAAUCUGUUGCUUGAUCUGAAAGGAGGCCAGUGCAAAGACUUGUUAAAAGAGAACAGCAAAAUAAACUAACAUUCCAUGAGGUGAAGAAGAAUUUGGUUAUUUCAGAAACUGAAAGACCAAGGGUGACAAGAAUCUUGUACAUCACACUAAUCCACAAAUCCCAUCAAGUGUGUGUAUGUAAAGGGCAAAGGGAGCAGAAUUGCCAUACAUUCAAAUACAGCUGUCAUGACUUCGGAGACCCACUUUCCCUAAAACUAUGCCUGGUAAUUGGUAUUUAAGAAGAUGCAAACCACAGAAAAUUGAAAAACUGAUUGACAAGGCUGUUCCAGGAGGCUCCCAAGAAAGAAAUAAAUGUGAAAACCCAUCACUGCUAUGGUCCCUAAAAGAAAAAAAAUGACGGGUAAGAUGAUUAGAGAUAUCUGAGCAUCAGGGAUACCCAGAAUUUCCAAGCUUGUCUGCACCUCCCAACAAUAAAAGCACCAAGGUUCUGUUUCAUCAUUGGACUGGAGUGGGGCAUCAAUAGCCCAUUUUGCUAAACCUAGCUGUUUGGAACAAAUCAAAAGCAACCUGACAGUCAGGAGACAAAAAAAAAAAAAUGGGGUCCAGCUAAGGCAUGCUCAUUAACCUGUGGGUCUUCACAGAUAUCUUAGGAAAGAAACUACUCCAAAGGUAAAACCAACAACACGGUGAUAGGGAAUGAAAGACAUCACAAGCAGGUUGGUUGAAUUAAGGUGCGAUGGAGCCCUUGUAAUAUACAGGAUGUGAAGAGCUUUUUUACUAAUAAAUGAACAAUAUUUAGUCCUAAUCACAAACAACCACAGCAGAGAAGUGGUAUUCCAUUUUCCUUACACAGGUACAAAGUCAAGGGGAUCUAAGGAGACUGGCCAUAGUCAGAAUCCAUGUCCCAGCAUUUUAGCUCCCUGGACCUACUGACCUUCACUCAAUUCAGUGUGCCAGGAACAUCAGAUGUACAGAAACAUUUGGAGUUUAAGGCACUUCUUCAGCAGCUACUGUGAAACUUCAAUCGAUAAAGAUCACAUAUAAUGUUCCACUAGGAGGGAUGUUGAUAAACUUAGACCCAGAGGACAUUGCUCUGACAUGAAGCGAAACUGUGGAGGAAAUGACCAUGGAGGCAAGUGCAAAGUACCAGCUUUUCAAGAGAAACCAGGAAACCUCUAACCUUGUCAAGCAGUAUAGGUAGGAUGAACUUGUGGGAGAAAACUCAGGAGAACCCUGAGGCUGACCGACCCUUUCUCUGAAAGAUGGUGACUCAGAGACAGUGUGAGCCCCCAUCACCAUUUGCACUGAAGGGGAUAGAAAGAAUUGUACCAAACACCACUGUAGGUUGAGAGGCUAACUCAAGGACAGAAAGGCAGUGAGAGCCUCUCCAAUGUCCCUCUUGAAAAUAUCAAGAUCAGCUCUAUGAACUGGUACCAACAGAGUUGCAGGUCUAGAAACCAUAUGCAGAACAUAUGGUAACAAAGGGCCUGUGACAACCUGAGGGGCAUUGCUCAGACCUGAGGCAAAGGUUCAUGUCCAGGAAAGAGCAGACUUGGCUCAGAAGUAGUGAAACACCAUGAAGAGGUGGAGGAAUGGGAGAAGUUCCAGUGCAGCAAAGAAGGUUUGCACCAAACCCUCUAAUGUCUCCAAGAAACUCAAAGCAUCCUUUAAUGGCCAUCACCUCAAAUUAUAUGAUAAAAAGAAUCCCUUGAAAAUGACUGCAAAUGAAAAAAAAUUACUGCAUGGUUCUAAAAAAGAGAAGUAACUACUUAUGGUAGCUCACUAGCAAUAUCUCAGUCGCCAGUCAAAAAUUUAAAAAGUAAUUCAAUCAUUAUAAACUACGUAGUAUGUUAAAGUGGAAAAGACAGUACAAAAUAAAUGAUGAUUCACUAGCAUUUCAUUGAUCCCAGAAAGUCCUAGCAGCACAUGCACACCCAGGGAAGGUGUUCAGAUAAAUGAUGCUGUAAUAAGCUGGAAUGUGCACUGUGGGAUUGUUCCUUCAAAUUUUAGGCUUGUUUGCCUAGUUGUGUUCCAUACUACAGAAGGCUAUAUGUAAAUGAGAUGUUCUCACUAAGAAACCUUAAUUUUUUAUGUCUAAACAAAUUAAAUCACUAAUCCAUAUCUCCAUUUGUGUUUUGUGAUAUUCUUCAAACCAAAAAACAAGUAUUACACUGAAGUUAUUUUAUUGUCUUUGAAUUGGUCACACUUUUUGUUUUGAGGAUAUUUCAUGAAUAACUUGUGUGAGCCAGUACCUGCAUUACAGAAAAUGCAGGUCAAUAUAUAACAGGGUAUAAAAUAUAUAAAUAUGAAUGUCAAAACUUCAACUGAUUCCAAAUGCCAAGUUUUGAAAACAAAUUAGUCAGAGCAAUUUUGUCAGAACCUCCACUUUUAUUAACCAUUUAUUAAAUUUAAAAUUUCAUCAUAAAAAGAUCAUUCAGACCAGCCAUAUGAGAGUACAGUGUUGUAACUGAUCAGGUUAAACUACAGUACCAUUUAAUAAAGAUAUGUUAUACACACCAUAUAGUAUAUAUACAAGUUGUGUAUAUGACAAAUCCUUUUUCAGAUAUUUUAGAUCAAAAUAUAUUUAUAAGUUAUCUAGUUCUAACAGAUCAGGUGUUACUGGUAAAUCUUUAGAUAGAUGACAUUAGUACUUGUGGAUAAAUUAUAUUUCUGGUUGUGAGAUAAUUAAUUAACAGUAAAUAUGUCAGUUUGUCUGUAUUUAAUUAUGUAGCAUUUUUAUCGGCUUUGAUGACGUGAUAUAUCUUUACACAGGUAAACAUACAUGUGAUUUUUCCUCUUACACAAGUUGUGUAUAAGGACCAACAUGUUUCUGUUGAUAUACCUGUUUUACAAUUAAAACAUAAAAUAGGAAAAGAGACAGUGUUAUAUAUGAACUAUAUGACUGGUUAAGUGGUUAUUUUUAGAAAACUUCAAUUUAAGAAAGAUCAGGAUGGCCAGAAGACAUGAAAACAUGGCAGAUAUAUUAUUCUUAACAUUAUACAGAGGCACAGCUGAGCUUGCAGGAAUUUACAGCAUUUCCCAUCAUCAGGGUCACCUAUGUACAGAAUGACUAUGCAAUCAAAUGAAUCAAUAAGAAAACUGCACUGAUUGACUACACACAUAACAGCCAUAAUUGGCAGCACUUCAGUAACAUAAAAAUGUCCGGAAUGUUACCAUGUCUUCUGGCUAUGAUGGUCCCCCUUAAAUUGAAUUACAUGAUGAUAUCCUGGCAUUUUUCAGUACUCAAAAAAAUUUGUGGUGAACUAUAUUUUUAUUCAAGUGGUAACCUUGUCUUCCUAAGCAGUAUGCACUUGAGCUUUCUGCAUCAGAAUAUGUUAAUUCAAUUUAAAUUUAUAAUGUAGUUCUAGAUGAGUCUAGAAUACUUUUAGAUAAUUUUUUAUAUUCAUAUUUUAAAGCAUACAGUAUUUUUAAAAUGUAAGAUAAGAUGGUGAAACUAUGUAAUACAGCAUUAAAUUACUAUACAAGCUUUGAUCAGUUAAAAUGUUUUCUUUUUGUGAAGUGAAAACUUUUGAAACUCCUGUAUACAUUAUAUAGUAUUUUAGGGGUUAUUUAUUUUAUCCUUUUAGUGUCAUUUGAAAAUAGCGAUAGUUCAUUUUUGUAUGAGUGUAUUUCAAGCUUGAGGAAUUGUUACUGGAAUAUUUUUUUUAUCUGGUCUUACAGUUGUUGGUAUUAAUAGCACUGACAGACUGUAUGCUUUCUGUCUUUUCUGUACAGUGUUGUAGAACUGCAGUAUUUUUGUUUUCAGCUUUAAGCAUACCUUUAGGGUGAGGUUUAAAAAAUAUCUAAUUAAUUUUUGGAAAAGGGUUAAAAUUAUAAUCAUACCAGUAGUAUCAGUAAUAUACAAAAGAUAAUGUUCUUUUAAGUGAAAUGUAUAAUAUAGUAUGGUCAGCUUUCCUGAAUGCAGAAGUAUAUGUAUAUAUUAUUCUGCAUGACAGCCAUAUGGAAUAAAAUAUAUAAACAAUAUAAAGUACCACACACUUAUAGAUAAUAAAAUACUUGUCCACUGCUUUGUCAUAUAAAAUGUCCUUUGUGAAACAAUACAAGUCAGCUAUAACAAGUAUGGAGCACACAGUGGCUAUACUAUAUACUAUUUAAAAGCACUUAAAAUUCCUAAUCCAUGAUAACAAUAGUUUCUAUGUUUUUAUUUAUAUUUAAAAUUAUCUGAUAAUGCAAUAUGUAUUGACAAAAGAUCUAUGAUGAAAAGAAACAUACUGUAACAAAUAUCUGAUGUUUGUUUUCAACCAGGAAUAUAUCCCUCCACAUUUACAAUUAUGUAAAAUUUUCAAAAAAUAAGGCCAAUUUUAAUUAUAAAAAAGCAAUAGAUAAAUAAGGGAUUUUGACGUAGGAAAAAUCUAUUUCUGGGCUCAGAAAUAUGUAAUUUAAAAAAGGCCUACCAAUAAAUCGGGUAAUAUAUGUACUACUUUGAAAAUACCAGUGUUUUAUUAAAAUUUAUGGCUGCAUUCAGAGUAUUACAUAAUAAAGUUUUUGUUUUUUUAAUAAUUCGCUUUUCUUUGGGAGAAGCAUCACAUAACAAUUGUUCUAUAUUCAUUCCAAGAAAGGGAGGGUUUAGACAUUCAAUCCCUAUACAAAUCAGAGAUGUACAGAAUUAAAGAGCUAUUUAUCAUCAUAGUAUUUAGGCAAAGAUUGCAGGCAUGAAGCAGGAUUUAAUUCUGCAUUGGUGUUCAUCUUUGACUGGUUGGCGCCUCUCCCACAUGAACUAUGUAACUGAUUCUAAAGUGCUAUGGUUGUUUGCCAUAAUCUUGAUGACUGCCUUACAAGGGGUUGGAUUAGGGUAAUCUGCAGGUCUGGUUGGUGAUGCCAUUCUCAUGAAAUGCCUAGGAAGCAGGAAUAGCUUUAUGAUAUUGGUGAGGUGCAUAUAUGAGCCUGGCAUAUCUGGAAGAUGAUUGCAACUUUUGUUAAAUUAUUGCCAGGCAUGUCAAACCCUGUAACAGCACUGAUACCAUAAAACUUAUGAUUUAUGAAACUAAAAGACGUUUAGCCUCUUCUUAAAGAGCAUCUCAGCUUAGCCUAUACGUGACACCCUUGGAAUAAUUAACAUGGUCAACCAGUUCUGAAGCUAUGUUCAAGGAUGGCCCAGCUCUUAUAUUGGAAUGACCGCAAUGCUUUUGUAAAAGAGAAUUUCCUGCCCUGAUCAAGUUUCAUUGACAGUAUGCAGUACAGCUGCCUCCUACACAUCCUAGAAGCAUUCCAUAUUUUGAAAGAAAAGCCCUCCCUCAAUGUAAUACAGGAGCCAUUCCUUUGGCUUAUUACAGUGAAAUAAAUUAACAUCAACCAAGACCCCAAUGAGAAACCCUGAUGUACCAGACUUAACAGACUAUCCUGAUUCCCAGUCAGGCGGUCAUGAAGAUUAUGGCAAAGGAUCAUUGCCCUUCAGAAUCAGUUAUCUGGUUCAUGCAGGAAAGGUACCAGCCAAUCAACAAUGAACAAGAGAACAACUUCCUUCAUGCAUACCAACUCCACAUAAAUAUGACCAAAAACUACUUUUUUCCUCUGUACAUCUAUUGACUUUUAUUGAGACCAUGUGUUGAACAGCAGCAAAAUUUCAAGGAAUAUAUUUCCCCGUCUGUAUGCAUAAUUAUAUAUUUAUGUUAUCAAAAUAAAAAUGUUUCCAAAUGUGUCUAUACCCUCCCUUUUGAAUAAAUAAAGAUGGGACUGCUAUCAUUGCAUCUUUCCCCCUUCAAACAAAGGAAUCAUUAGAAAAACAGACACGCUAUUAUAAACUCUGCUAAUGCAGCCAUUAUUUUUAAUUUAACAUUUAUGAGGGGGUCUCCUUUCUAAGAAUACAAAUAUAAGACUGCAUGACACUAAAUAUGUGUCGGACACCACAUACUUCAAAUGUAAUUCUAUAUACUGUACAUACGUAGAUUGAUAUAUUCAUAUUGCUUCUCAAAAUAACAAAACUUUACAAUGAAAAAAUUAUAUGAAAAAAGUAAAGUUGAAUUCAAAACAAGUAGAUAUCCACUAGUGUUGGUAAAGCAUGCCCAUGCAUGCUUUCACAGGUAUAUAGAACAGAAAAUAUAUGAUGCCUGUUUUCAGAAGCCAGAGUUUAUUAUUGCAAUGAAUAAUAUUAUGUUAAGUAGUAUUUUGUAUUAGCUUGUUUGCACAUUAUAUGGUUAGGUUAUGCAAAGUAGCCUUAGGUUCUUAUUUGUCUUUCAUAAACUGUCAUUGAGUUGACUGAUCUGCUAGGUGUGAAUUCUUGCUUGCAUGUGUGUGUGUGUGUGUGUGUGUGCAUCUUUUAUUUUUGCACUACUAGUCAAUAAACUGUUGGAUGAAGUUAAUCUGAAUACAGCUGUAUCGUGCUCCUCUUUUCCUUAGUAGUGUUCCAUGUGUUCUUAUGUCAAUUCACUCUUUUGACUGCUUGCCUCAUAACAAGGAUUAAACCUGCUUUGAUUAAGAGGAUGUAUAAGCUAGCUUUAAAAAUUGUCAUCCACAUUCUUUUAAGAAAUAAUAAAAAACAGAUAGUUAAAUAAUUUAGACAAUUAAUACAUUAUCCAACACUAUACGUAUACUCUCCAUAUAUAUUACCAAUUUUAUUUGGCAUUUUUACACAGGUAUGUAUGUAGAACAAAAUAAGUACCUGGUUAUAGAGUCUUUAUUUUGAAUCUUUGUUCAGCUGUUUAAAAUGUAGCUCCUACCCAUGUUUAUUUGCUACAGAAAUGAUCAAAGCAUAAUUUCAAUUGAACCAUCAUUUUAAAGUGUUUUGAGUUAGAUAUGUGAUAGUCUUGUGAUAAAUACUUUUUAAAACUAAAUGACACUAAUUCUAAUGUUAUUAACAUUAAGAAAGAAAGUAAUGUUGACAACAGUAACAGUUUAACUUAUCAUAAUGAUUACAGAACCUCAUUGCAUUUCAUUACUUGUCUUGAUGUUUACUCACUGAAUUUUUAGAGGAUGUUAGAGGAUAGCAGCACAAGACAUGGAACUAACCUUUCUUAUAAAGAAUUGUUUAGUUCUCAUUAAUCAGUUCUUACUGCUGAAUCUUGAGAUGGAGAACAUUACUUAUUGGAAAAUUAUACUUCAGGUUGUGAGAAUUAUAUGUUCAUAAUAAGUGUACCAAUAGGUCUGCAUCCUAAUGUAUCUUAUCUGUUUUUCUAAAGGUGUUAUGGUAUGGUAAAGGUUGGGUAUGAGGACCAGCAAUUUUGUUUUUUAUAUAGAAUUUGAUAAACCUGCAUUUUGCAUUUAAACAAUAAAUGAAAAUAAUCACUGCAAUGUGUGAAUUGGUUUUUUUUCAGUACAUUCUCAAAAAGGUCCAUGGCAGUUGUACAUUGAUGUAUGUGUACAUGUAAAUGUGAUAUCCAUAAAAGAAAAUCAAGGGAACUAUCACUGGAUACAUAUGACAAAGUAAAGUACAUUAUUUCAUAUUUGCAAAUGAUGUAGCUUUUCCAGUGACUUUCCAUUAAUUUUCCAGUAGUGAUUUGUAAUUUUAUUAGUUUGGUGAUGCAUAAUUUCUCAAACUGUUCUUCUUGUCUAUUUUUCUAAUUAAUGACCAGAACUUACAACUUUGGAAUGUAUUCAUCUAUUAUUCAAUAAGGUUAUGGUAGAUAGGUGCAUUUAUAAAACAUUCAAAUUGUAGGUAUGCAAAGUGCCUGAUGCGUGUUCUCGCUGAAAACUUAUAAACUUUUAGGAUCAUAAUUUAAAAACAAGUCAUGCUUUCAGCUGUUGGGAGACUAUGGCUUCAAGUUGUGCUUCAAAUGUUUUAUACUUGUAUGCAUGCAUAAAUAGAUCAGCAUCGGGUAAUCGACAAAGCUUUAUGGAAAGAAUUACACUACACGUAUAAUACAAAUAUCUUUUACGUUAAUUCUAUUUAAAUUUUGUUUAUAAGCCUGGUUUAGCUGUAAACAUACCUUGCAAUAUUUUAAUACAAACAAGCACCUUAUUUACAAUUUUGGCUUAGUUGUGAAUGUGCCAUAAUUUAUAAAUUAUUUUUAUACAAACAAGUGCAGGUAGAUAAAAAUUUUGGAAGAUUUGCACUGCAUAUGUACUGUAUUGUAACAUUGGCUACUGGGACUUGUGUUUGAUCCAGUGUAACCUAUUUAUAAAUGCCAACAGCUGUAAUUGUUAGUGUUUGUUAUUUGAGAACUGAUUAAAUUUGAAAGAAAGUU